AUGAUCCGCUUACAAGCUCUAGCUAUUAUUCUUUACAUUAGCUCGGCUUCAGCUUGUUUCUCGUUUGGAUGCGUUGGAGGCAUUGGAGGCGGCAUGUGUGGUUGCCCAUUUGGAAUGUGUCUGGCAACUCCUCCGUGUAUGGGACGAAUGUGCAGUGCCAGAGCGAGAGCAGCAAAAAUCUAUAGAGAAGAUGACAAAGAUCUCCUAGCCUUGAAUACUGAGGAUCCAAACGAACAUUUUCUAAACUGCUGUGGACUAUUGGAAGUACCUAUACAAUGUUUGGGAAUGUGCACUUUUGAUGGAUAUAAUUCUUCAUCGGUGCAAUCUGUACUGAGCCUGACAUCCACUUGCCCAUUCACAGCAUUGCCACACAUUCACUUUUGUGCCGCUCGUGGAGCUGACCACACCGAAUGCUGUCGAGCUGGUGGUGUCACCGACGAAUGCCUGAUGUUCUGCGACCAGAGUCCUGACACCACGAAUCAACUCACCUUACAACAUUUACAAUGCGUGGGAAGCUUCGAUACCAUGAAGGACUGCUUUACCGAACAUGCCCUUACUGAAUACUAUCAAAGCAAGCAAGCUGCAAUAGAAAAAUUCCAGAAAGUACAAUUAGACUAG